GGGCUGGAGGGGACAGGGACAGGGGCCAUGGCCGAGGCAGAGGAGGCCCUGGGACAGGAGGACUGGAAGGAGAAGUGUUUCGUCCUGGAAGCCCUCCUCAUGAAGUUCCGGGUGCAGAUCAUCAAGAUCAGAGAGCUAACGGCAGACAAGGUUGGUCUUAAGUAACAGGUUGUAUCAAAUUCUAACAAAUUGAACCUGUACGUUGUUGAAUGAUCCCAAGUAGCCUUACAUCCCAGGCUCUCCUAUAGGAUGCAAACUGAAGCAAACGCAUCACCUAAAGAACAUGACCGUAACACUCUCAAAUCCCCCCAAAACAGUCACAGGACUAUCAUCCAUUACCAUUCCAAGCAGCCAGUCCUUCAUCCUUUCUCAUGAGCACUCUUAACUGGCCAUUUCACAGCUCAGGCUGAAUGAGCAAAAAAUUCCAUCUUAACCACAUUCCCUCAUUUGGAGCUGGUAUUAACUGUUACUGUUACAGAACAAGGAAGUGGUUUUAUCCACGGUUUCCUCCCACGUUGGAUAGGCACAUCCUCUUGCCCCAGGAUCUCAGUUUGGAGCCUGAUCCUAAAUUAACUGCCAUUUGUAUUAAUGUCAGUCAGGCUUUGAAGCGUCUGUUGAGUAUCUGCUGUGGGGAAAGGUCAAUUGGAAGAGCUGUUCUUUCCUAGUCUCUCUCUCUUUCUCAUACAUCACACACACUCCAUCUCUAUCUUUGUGUUGAACAGCAGGAUCUUCUUAAACACCAGUCCAUGUAUGGUGUGGGAUAGUGUUUUACUAUCUAGGUUAUGGAGUGGUGGGGUAUGGUUUAUGUGUGCUUGUGUGUUUACAGUAAUGUAGAACUGUGAGAACGGUAGAGGGAGAGAGAGCAAGAAUGAGGUAGGAUGAUGAAGACUUGGUUAUGUGUCAGGCAGCAGUGCUGUUUGAAAGCUGUGUUUGUGUGUGUGUGUGUGCAUGUGUGUGUGUGUGUGAUGAGCCAUUUCAGGAAGCCAUGACACCCACCAUCUCAGAUUGUUCUGAAAUAAUUUCUGUCGUUAGAAACAGAUGAGAUUAUAGGAUUCAUAUAAUAUUCAAUAAAUAUAGUACCUAACAUCUGAUUUGGACCAAACAUUUUUCUUACUAUGAGUAAGGCAUGAGGAUAUCAAUGAAAUGGUAAAAAGCCACCCAUGAACCCCCCACACCCCACGCCAAUCCCAAACCAACAACGAGUAUACAGUAUCAGUUCUCUGUGUCUGACAGGUAGUAUGGAGCUGCGGCUCACAAUAUUGUUUGUUCAUCCUAUGUAAUGUAAUCUCAGUGAUUACAUUACAUAGGAUGAAAAUAAUAAUGUUGCAGGAAUGCUAAGAACAGAAACGAUUCAGAAUAAUCUGAGAUGGUGGGUGUCAAUCCUCUUUCUUGUGCUUUUUGAGGUGUAACGACCCAGAGAGAGAGUAAAACAGAGAGAGAGUAAAACAGGGAGAGAGUGAAACAGGGAGAGAGCGAAAGAGAGAGAGACUGCCCUGGUCUGGUCUGCAUAGUGGGGUGGGCCUGGCUGGCCCCUGUAGUUUGCUGGCCUAGUUCUGAGGCCUAAGGUCUCCAGGGAGGCCUGAUUAGGGGUUAAUGUAAACAGCAGCCUGACCACAGGGCUCCGUCACGCAUUGCAUUCUGGGAUAGAACUGACUUUAUUGAAUUACAGUUACCGCUCAGUUGUUGAGCCAAACAAUCUUUGGGAAAACGCUUGUGAUUUUGUAUAGGCCUGUGGUAUAUUGAAGUUGAUUGGGUGCAUUUUGAAGAAUUUAGCUAUUUGAGAGAAGGAUAUCUUUCCCAUAUUUCAUGAUUAACCAUGUAAUAUAAACGUAAUAUAGGCCCCAUAACAGUGUAACUCCCCUUCUAAACUCAUCUAUCAGAGUUCCUCCCUCACCACUAUAAGCCUAGGCCAGGGGUCAGGGGUCAGGGGUAGGGUUGAAUACCGGGAAACGGGUUACCGAGAUAUACCAAGAUUUCCCGCCCAAACCCACUCCCUUUUCCCGGGAUAAAUAACUGUGAGAAACCGGUAAAUUAUAAUAAAUUAUUUAUAUGAACAGCAUAACAUGAAAUGGAACUGUUAAAUUAUAUGAGAUGUCUAAAUCUGGCUUCUCUAUGGCCUGCUAUCUGCAUGAUCAAUCAUCAACACUCAGGGUGGGGACAGACAGCGCAACUCAGUAGGAGCGCAGUACACAAUGCAUGUAUCAUCUCAUCAUGGUAACUGUUUGUCUUGUGACAGGUAGGCCUACAUUUGCUGCAGCAUAGCCUAUGCUACAGUAAUAUAAGGACCGAAUGCGUGUCUAAUUUACACAUCUCCAUCUGGCUUUCGGGAUCACCUUGUUUUUUAAUUGUACAUUUUAUAUAAAAUGUAAUGUAGCCUAUGACUCGAAUAUAAACUCAGCAAAAAUAGAAAUGUCCCUUUUUCAGGACCCUGUCUUUCCACAGAUAAUUUGUAAAAAUCCAAAUAACUUCACAGAUCUUAAUUGUAAAGGGUUUAAACACUGUUUCCCAUGCUUGUUCAAUGAACCAUAAACAAUUAAUGAACAUGCACCUGUGGAACGGUCGUUAAGACACUAACAGCUUACAGAUGGUAGGCAAUUAAGGUCACAGUUAUGAAAACUUAGGACACUAAAGAGGCAUUUCUACUGACUCUGAAAAACACAAAAAGAAAGUUGCCCAGGGUCCCUGCUCAUUGCAAUGUCCGUACUGUGAGAUGCCUAAGACAGCGCUACAGCGAGACAGGGUCAGGGCAGGCAGAAAGAUAAAAACCGGGAAAACUAGAAAACAGGGCUCAAGAAAACAGGAGUACGAAAAACACGCUGGCGGGCUUGACGAAAAGAGGCCUGUGUCCAGGAUGUCCUUAGCGGGGACCCAGCACCUCUCCUCCGGGCCAUAACCCUCCCAGUCAACCAGGUACUGGAAUCCCCUGCCCCGCAGCCGAACCUUCAGGAGGCGCCUCACCGUGUACGCCGGUUGGCCGUCGAUGAGACGGGGGAGGGGGGUGGGCCUGGAAACAGGAGAUAAAAGGGCUGUGAGACAUACGUUCAAUCCUAGACACAUGAAAAGCCGGCGGGGGAGGCAGAAGGACGGAUACACCCUGCAGCCAGGGAGUCCUCAAUGUAGGUGUCCAUAGUCUUGGUCUCCGGACCCGACAGAGAAUACAGUCGUCCCCGGGGUGGUGUGGUGCCCAGGAGAAGGUUGAUCCCGCAGUCAUAGGGUCGAUGCGGAGGAAGCGAAGUGGCCCGGGCCUUACUGAAAACCUCCCGGAGGUCCUGGUACUCUGCAGGAACGGCGGAGAGGUCCGAGGCUACUUCCGAGCCCACCGGAAGAUGUCCCAGGGCAAGCUGCGCUGACUGUAGGCAAUGGGCGUGGCAGAACGGGCUCCAGCCCAUGAUGGCACCAGCAGUCCAGUCGAUGAGGGGAUUGUGUUGCUGGAUCCCAAUACCACGGGAACCUGAGGUGACUUAAUAAGCAUGAACUGGAUAGCCUUGCUGUGGUUCCCUGACACUCGCAGGUUGAUGGGAGUGGUAUUGUGGGUGACCCUGCCUAUAGAGCACCCGUCCAGUGCUCUAACGUCCAUGGGAAUGGAGAGGGGCUGAGUGGGGAUGCCCAGCUCUGAUGCCAGGGUAAUGUCCAUAAAACUCUCAUCGGCCCCAGAGUCAAUGAGUACCCGGAGAGAUUUCGACUGGUUCCCCCACAGCGGAUGGCAUGGAGAGGGGUGCGAGUAAGGGGAGAAGGAAAGUUAUCUGUAUGGCCCACCAGAGUACUCGCCCCUACCGGUGAGCCAGUUCUUUUAGUGGACAGGUAGACACGAAAUGACCAGUAGUCCCGCAAUACAGACAACUCUUCGUGUUAAGCCUGUGUAAAUGUUCGGCUGGAGACAACCUAGCUCUGCCUAGUUGCAUUGGCUCGGGAAGAGGUGAAUCGGCAGACUUCGGAGACUCUCUGGGGGAACUCGGGUAGCCUCGGAUUCUCUCGGAAACUUAGAUGUCGGGGACUUCCGGGAUGCCUCGGAGGCGAGGUAGAAUCCUCGGGUGGGCUUGUGGAACCGGAAUCGGACCUCCUCUCCUUCCUACGUUCCCGUAGUCGCCCAUCGAUCCGGAUGGUCAAGGCGAUGAGCAAGUCGAGAUCCGUCGGCAGUUCCCGGGCUGUGAGCUCAUCCUUAACUUCCUCUGAUAAUCCGUGCAGGAACGUGUCAAACAGGGAUUCCGUGUUCCAGGCACUCUCGGCAGCCAACGUGCAGAAAUCCACCGCAUAGUCUGCCACACUGCGGGAGUCUUGCUGGAGUAACUUCCGGAGAGCCUCUUUCCCGGACAACGGAGAAUCGAAAACCUUCUUUACCUCAGCCACGAACUCCUCCAGACUGGAUCACACGACAGACUGUUGUUCCCACACUGCCGUAGCCCAGGCAAGAGCCCUCCCGGACAUCAGUGUGAUGAGGUACGCAAUCUUAGAGUGGUCCGAGGGGAAGGAGGAAGGCUGCAGCUCGAAGAUGAGGGAACACUGAGAAACGCCCGACAGGUUCCCGACUCUCCAGCGAAGUGUUCCAGGGGAGGUAAGCGGGGUUCUCGGGAAGCCGGGUGGCCGGGAGAGACGCGCUGCUGACAGCCGGGUUACUGAGGGGCUGGGAGGUUACCGUCGUGGUAGGCUGCCUAACAGACAACCCGCGGAAUUGCUCCAGCUAUGUAUUCAACGCGCUGUCAUGGCAUUCUGUCAAGGUCUGGAAACCUUCCAUAAGACCAUGAAGCAACUCCUCGUGCCUUCCAAUGGUAGCUCCAUUUCUAACAACCUGUUUUUGCUUUGUAAUUAUGGGGUAUUGUGUAUAGAUUGAUGAGGAUUAUUAUUUUUUAAAUCCAUUUUAGAAUAAGGCUGUAACGUAACAAAAUGUGGAAAAAGUCAAGGGGUCUGAAUAUUUACAUUUAGGCCUACUGGGUAAUGGCACAAUCAUUUUGUCUUUUUUGGGCUCAUAAAAUGUCUUUAAUGUAUGGCUCAUCAGGCUCAGGUAGAAUCAGGCUUGAAUUUUUAGAGCCGAUAAAAGCUCUAAUCAAAUCCAGACAUAUUUAUAUACUUUAGAAUGACACUGAUUACCCGGGAGGAAAAAAGUUAUUUAUUCUCGGGAUUCGGGAUGGAACAUUUGUAAAAUACCGGGAAAAUAUUAAAUCAACCCGAGUCAGGGGUGAGGGGUCACUCUCACUAGUAGUGUCUAACCUUAUUAUCCUCCUUCCCUCCCUCUAUGGUCCGGCCCUGAGUGGAGUCAGCCUGUUUUUUCUCCUGUGACCUUUGACCUCAGUCCUACUGGAUUUCCUACUAACACGAGAUGAGCUCAUCAAGUGAAAAUCCCAAUGCAGUCAUCCCAGUGUGUUUUUGUUCCUCUGUACUGGGCUCGCAGUGUGUCAGCGCCUGUUGUUUUAAACCAUGCAUCAGUGUGUGGGGGUGCACGUAUGCCUCAAAGAAUCUCACUAAUCUCCCACUGUCUCAUCUGUUUGGUGAAUUGCAGGCACCUAAAUGGUGUGUGUGUGGGGGUUUACAUUUUUUAAUUUUGUAUAUUUAGCAGACACUCUUAUCCAGAGCGACUUACUGGAACAAUUAGGGUUAAGUGCCUUGCUCAAGGGCACAUCGACAGAUUUUUCACCUUGUCAGGUCGGAGAUUCGAAACCGCAACCUUUCGGUUACUGGCUCUAACCGCUAGGCUAACUGCCACCGGUUUGUGUGGGGGGGGGUGCGAGCUAGUUUGCUGAGUGGGCAGUGGGUGGGUGCAGUAUUAAUGUGGCCGAGUUUGAAUGUGUGUUUCUUUUAGUGGUGAAGUGCUCUACAGUUGUGUUAGCGAGACGUGAGCAGAGUGGAGGUUUUUUCUCAUUAAUAGAGGACUUGAGAUCUUGAAUGGUGUGUUGGCAAGGUGAAACGAGAUGAAACAUAAAGACAAAGACAGACCACCAACCAUACUAAUGUCAUCACCAAUACCAGAAAGCUCUAACUCACUAAGGGAAUAGAGAGAAGGUACAAAAUAGUAGGAAAACAUGGAACAUUGGUCAAGUAGUAGAGAGAGUGAAGGUAAAGAAAGAGGGAGAGGAGGAGGGAGAGACGGAGUAGAAAUAAACACUCUUGUAAUCAUUUGGCGGCCCAGGGGAGGAAAUUCCUGGGUUUGUAAACAGAGAGCGUGUUGCACAGGAAGUGACCGAGGCAGAGAGAGAGCCAGUCUACACUUCUCCAUGUUUGGAACGAUGGAGGGAUGUGGGUUACAACUAGUCUCUCUCUCUGUCUCUCUCUCUCUCUCUCUCUCUCUCCUUUCACCCUCUCACACGUUCUUCUCUCACUCUCUUUAAUGCUCUCCUUUUGCUAGGUGGGGCGUUGGUUUUGGCCCCUGAACUAGCCAGCUGGAACAGUGGUCCACACAGCUCAUACUAGAGACAAAGAGACCAUGUGUGUUUUAUUUUCCCAGGAUGCUGCAUUGCUCCCUCUCUCCCUACCCCCUUCAGUCUCUCUCUCUCUCUCACCUCUCUCUCUCUCGCUCUCUCUCUGUACCAGACUCUCUAUUUUCCUCUUAAACGCUCACUCUCUUUCUCCUAUACUCUAUCUCACUCUCACUCUCUCUCAUAGGCUAGGCCCUGUUGAUACUACUACUGCUCUCUGAUGUCGCCUUCUUACUGCAUGAGGAAGUCCACUCACCACUACAGUAGAACCCUGAGCAGUAGAGUCGACACAGAAAGGGAGGAUGAAGUAUUUGGGACCAGACAGUCACAGUGCCCUACUUCUAUGGUCCAGAUCCUCACACACACACACACACACACACAAACACACAUGUUAAAAGACAGAAACCACAUUUGGGGUGGAGAAAUGUGCUCUGGUUUUAGCGUUCCCCCCACUUCCUGCCUUUCACUCCCAGAUUAAUUCCACAUUUGUGUGGGUAGUGGCCUCCUGUGGAGGAGUUGGGGUUAAAUGUCACGUGGACCAAUCAUCUCUCUGACAGGGCAUGUCAAUCACACACAAGGAUGUGAAGUAAGUAGACUGGACCACCAUAGUUUACCUUACUGUUGUACUUACAGUAGGAUGGCAAUAGCAUCCACAAACUCAGUGGCUAUAGAGUGGUCUGUUAUUGUAGGCGCACACACAAAUAAAAGCACAAACAAAUGUGCACACACACUAACACAAACACUCAGAGAGAAAAGCCAGUUGUAUCUCUUUAGUAAGACUGUGCUGCCUCUCCACACCCACUGCAGUGUUCACACAGACAUAUGCUUCCAAUUUCAGAGCUGUCACAGCUGCCACAAAUCUCAAGAUGGAAUUCCGCCUACGUCUCUAACCUUGAGAUAUUUGCUCGAUUCUCCAUCGGUUUCCUCCUCAUGACAGACGUGUGUGCGUGUGUACGUGCGUGCAUGCGUACGUGUGUGUGCGUGUGCAGGUAUAUACUGUGUGUGAGUGUAAGUGUGUGUGUGUGUGUGAGUGUGUGUGCGUGCGUGCGUACAGUAUGUGUGAUCAUGUGUGUAUUUGUGUGUGCUUGAGUGUGUGUGUAGAUGUAGGUGUGUGUUUGUGCGGGCAUAUGAUGUAUGUGUUCGUGCAUGUGUGUAGGCGACUCAAAGGGCCUCUGUGUCUGCUCUAAUCACUGAGAUCUGUGAGGACCACAGUUGUAGCCCCUCAGCACAAUUCUCCCUCUCACCAGUAGUCAAGUGUCUGCUGUGUGGAAGUACUCUAUAUCUGAUGGAGCCACUGCACGGAAAUCAGUUAGAACCAUUGCUUUACUGUAGUGUUCAGCUGCUAAGAUGUUGAGCUACUACAGAGUAAAGAUGUAGGCCUGGUGUCUACAGAAGGAGGCUUUGUGAGCUGGCUAGGCUGUGGAUGGAGGGUUGUGUGUGUGAGUGGGGAGGGUGUGUGUGUGGGGGGGGGGGGGGGUUGUUUGGCUGGCCACAACGAGGCAGGCCUGGAAUUCCAGGAAUGGUAGGCAAACUGGAGUUUGGAUCCAGUGAGGAGGUUGAAGGGUGGAGUGAUGGAGAGAUGUUAUAGUUAUGGGGGCAGAACGGCACAUCAGUUGUGCAUUCCAAUGGCGCCGGAGAAGAUGGCUGCCGUUUUACAGCCCUCUAACCAAUUGUACUAUUAUGUGUGUUUUUCCGCGUUAUUUGUAAUUUAUUCUGUACAUAAUGUUUCUCUUAUAACCAAAAAGAGCUUCUGGAUAUCAGGACAGCGAUUACUCACCUCGUAUUGGACAAAUAUUUUUUCUUCAACAAGUCGGACGCGAAGGAUAUCCUACAGACACCCGACAAGGCCCAAAUCCCCGUCAUUCGCAUGAGAAAGAGACGGAGAUAUCGUGGACGUAGGUCGGGGUGCCUUGUAAGGAUCCGACGGCGAGCGAGUAAACUGCCUCUUCCAUCAAUCCUAUUAGCCAAUGUUCAAUCAUUUGAGAAUAAAUUAGAUGACCUAAGAUUACGGUUAUCCUACCAACGGGACAUUAAAAACUGUAAUAUAUUAUGUUUCACCGAGUUGUGGCUGAACGACGACAUGGACAACAUGCAGCUAGCAGGCUAUACGCUACAUUGGCAGAAUAGAACGGCUGACUCCGGUAAGACAAGGGGUGGCGGUCUGUGUAUAUUUGUAAACAACAGCUGGUUGCCAAAAUCAAAUACUAAGUAAGUCUUGAGGUUUUGCUCGCCUGAGGUAGAGUAUCUUAUGAUAAGCUGUAGACCACACUAUUUACCAAGAGAGUUUUCAUCUAUAUUUUUCAUGGCUGUCUAUUUACCACCACAAACCAAUGCUGGCAUUAAGAUUGCACUGAAUGAGCUGUAUAAGGCCAUAAGUGAACUGCUGUUCUGCUGCCAACAAGGCUGACUUCAUCCCAGCCUAUGCUACCCUCCAGUCCCUCGACUUCCUGGCGCUGACGGAAACAUGGAUUACCACUGAAAACACUGCUACUCCUACUGCUCUCUCCUCGUCUGACCAUGUGUUCUCGCAUACCCCGAGAGCAUCUGGUCAGAGGGGUGGUGGCACAGGAAUCCUCAUCUCUCCCAAGUGGACAUUCUCAAUUUUUCCCCUAACCCAUCUGUCUAUCUCCUCAUUUGAAUUCCAUGCUGUCACAGUCACUAGCCCAUUUAAGCUUAAUAUCCUUGUCAUCUAUCGCUCUACAGGUUCCCUUGGAGAGUUCAUCAAUGAGCUUGACGCCUUGAUAAGUUCCUUUCCUGAGGAUGGCUCACCCCUCACAGUUUUGGGGGAUUUCAACCUCCCUACGUCUACAUUUGACUCAUUUCUCUCUGCCUCCUUCUUUCCACUCCUCUCCUCUUUUGACCUCACCCUCUCACCGUCCCCCCCUACUCACAAGGCAGGCAAUACGCUUGACCUCAUCUUUACUAGAUGCUGCUCUUCUACUAAUCUCACUGCAACUCCCCUCCAUGUCUCCGACCACUACUUUGUAUCCUUUUCUCUCUCGCUCUCCUACAACACUACUCACUCUGCCCCUACACAGAUGGUAAUGCGCCGCCGCAACCUUCGCUCUCUCUCUCCCACUACUCUCUCCUCUUCCAUCCUAUCAUCUCUUCCCUCUGCUCAAUCCUUCUCCCUCCAAUCUCCUGAUUCUGCCUCCUCAACCGUCCUCUCCUCCCUUUCUGCAUUCUUUGACUCUCUGUGUCCCCUAUCCUCCCGGCCGGCUCGGUCCUCCCCUCCAGCUCCGUGGCUUGAUGACUCAUUGCGAGCUCACAGAACAGAGCUCCGGGCAGCUGAGCGGAAAUGGAAGAAAUCUAGACUCCCUGUGGACCUGGCAUCUUUUCACUCCCUCCUCUCUACAUUUUCUUCAUCUGUUUCUGCUGCUAAGGCCACUUUCUACCACUCUAAAUUCCAAGCAUCUGCCUCUAACCCUAGGAAGCUCUUUGCCACAUUCUCCUCCCUGCUGAAUCCUCCUCCUCCCCCCCCCCCCCCCCCCCCCUCCCUCUCUGUGGAUGACGUCGUCAACCACUUUGAAAAGAAGGUUGACGACAUCCGAUCCUCGUUUUUUAAGUCUAAUGACACUGCUGGUCCUGCUCACACUGCCCUACCCUAUGCUUUGACUUCUUUCUCCCCUCUCUCUCCAGACAAAAUCUUGCGACUUGUGACUACAGGCCGCCCAACAACCUGCCCGCUUGACCCCAUCCCCUCCUCUCUUCUCCAGACCAUCUCCGGUGACCUUCUCCCCUACCUCACCUCGCUGAUCAACUCAUCCUUGACCGCUGGCUAUGUCCCUUCCGUCUUCAAGAGAGCGAGAGUUGCACCCCUUCUCAAAAAACCAACACUUGAUCCCUCUGAUGUCAACAACUACAGACCAGUAUCCCUUCUUUCUUUUCUUUCCAAAACUAUUGAGCGUGCCGUCUUUAGCCAACUCUCUUGCUAUCUCUCUCAGAAUGACCUUCUUGAUCCAAACCAGUCAGGUUUCAGGACUGGUCAUUCAACUGAGACUGCUCUUCUCUGUGUCACGGAGGCUCUCCGCACUGCUAAAGCUAACUCUCUCUCCUCUGCUCUUGUCCUUCUAGACCUGUCUGCUGCCUUUGAUACUGUGAACCAUCAGAUCCUCCUCUCCACCCUCUCCGAGCUGGGCAUCUCCGGCGCGGCUCACUCUUGGAUUGCGUCCUACCUGACCGGUCGCUCCUACCAAGUGGCGUGGCGAGAAGCUGUCUCCGCUCCACGUGCUCUCACCACUGGUGUCCCCCAGGGCUCAGUUCUUGGCCCUCUCCUAUUCUCGCUAUACACCAAGUCACUUGGCUCUGUCAUAUCCUCACAUGGCCUCUCCUAUCAUUGCUACGCUGACGACACACAACUAAUCUUCUCCUUUCCCCCUUCUGAUAACCAGGUGGCGAAUCGCAUCUCUGCAUGUCUGGCAGACAUAUCAGUAUGGAUGACGGAUCACCACCUCAAGCUGAACCUUGGCAAGACGGAGCUGCUCUUCCUCCCGGGGAAGGACUGCCCGUUCCAUGAUCUCGCCAUCACGGUUGACAACUCCGUUGUGUCCUCCUCCCAGAGUGCGAAGAGCCUUGGCGUGACCCUGGACAACACCCUGUCGUUCUCCGCUAACAUCAAGGCGGUGACCCGAUCCUGCAGGUUCAUGCUCUACAACAUUCGGAGAGUACGACCCUGCCUUACACAGGAAGCGGCACAGGUCCUAAUCCAGGCACUUGUCAUCUCCCGUCUGGAUUACUGCAACUCGCUGUUGGCUGGGCUCCCUGCCUGUGCCAUUAAACCCCUACAACUCAUCCAGAAUGCCGCAGCCCGUCUGGUGUUCAACCUUCCCAAGUUCUCUCACGUCACCCCGCUCCUCCGCACACUCCACUGGCUUCCAGUUGAAGCUCGCAUCUGUUACAAGUCCAUGGUGCUUGCCUAUGGAGCUGUGAGGGGAACGGCACCUCCGUACCUUCAGGCUCUGAUCAGUCCCUACACCCAAACGAGGGCAUUGCGUUCAUCCACCUCUGGCCUGCUGGCUCCCCUUCCUCUGCGGAAGCAUAGUUCCCGCUCAGCCCAGUCAAAACUGUUCGCUGCUCUGGCACCCCAAUGGUGGAACAAGCUCCCUCACGACGCCAGGACAGCGGAGUCACUCACCACCUUCCGGAGACAUCUGAAACCCCACCUCUUUAAGGAAUACCUGGGAUAGGAUAAACUAAUCCUUCUACCCCCCCCCCCCCCCCCCCCCCCCCCCCCCUAAAAAAUAAAUAAAAUAAUAAUUGUAAAGUGUUUAUCCCACUGGCUAUAGGGUGAAUGCACCAAUUUGUAAGUCGCUCUGGAUAAGAGCGUCUGCUAAAUGACGUAAAUGUAAAUGUAAAUGUAAACAGGAAAAUGCUCAUCCAGAGGCAGCGCUCCUAGUGGCCGGGGACUUUAAUGCAGGGAAACUUAAAUCAGUUCUACCUAAUUUCUGCCAGCAUGUUAAAUGUGCAACCAGAGGAGAAAAAAAACUCUAGACCACCUUUACUCCACACACAGAGACGCAUACAAAGCUCUCCCUUGCCCUCCAUUUGGCAAAUCUGACCAUAACUCUAUCCUCCUGAUUCCUGCUUAUAAGCAAAAACUAAAGCAGGAAGCACCAGUGACUCGGUUAAUAAAAAAGUGGUCAGAUGACACAGAUGCUAAGCUAUAGGAUUGUUUUUCUAGCACAGACUGGAACAUGUUCCGGGAUUCUUCAGAUAGCAUUGAGGAGUACACCACAUCAGUCACUGGCUUCAUCAAUAAGUGCAUCAAUGACAUUGUCCCCACAGUGACCGUACGUACAUACCCCAUUCAGAAGCCAUGGAUUACAGGCAACAUCCGCACUGAGCUAAAGGGUACAGCUGCCGCUUUCAAGGAGCGGGACUCUAACCCGGACGCUUAUAAGAAAUCCUGCUAUGCCCUCCGACGAACCAUCAAACAGGCAAGGAAUCAGUACAGGACUAAGAUUGAAUCGUACUACACCGACUCUGAUGCUCGUCGGAUGUGGCAGGGCUUGAAAACUAUUACAGACUACAAAGGGAAGCACAGCCGCGAGCUGCCCAGUGACACAAGACUUCCAGACGAGCUAAACCACUUCUAUGCUCGCUUCGAGGCAAGCAACACUGAAGCAUGCAUGAGAGCACCAGCUGUUCCAGAUGACUAUGUGAUCACGCUCUCCGUAGCCAAUGUGAGUAAGACUUUUAAGCAGGUCAACAUUCACAAGGCCGCAGGGCCAGACGGAUUACCAGGACUGGCAGACGUGUAGCUCAGUUGGUAGAGCAUGGCACUUGCAACGCCAGGGUUGUGGGUUCGUUUCCCACGGGGGACAGUAUGAAAAACAAAAAUGUAUGCACUCACUAACUGUAAGUCGCUCUUGAUAAGAGCGUCUGCUAAAUGACUAAAAUGUAAUGUAAAAUGUGUACUCCGAGCAUGUGCUGACCACUGACAUUUUCAACAUGUCCCUGACUGAGUCUGUAAUACCAACAUGUUUCAAGCAGACCACCAUAGUCCCCGUGCCCGAGGUCACUAAGAUAACCUGCCUAAAUGACUACCGACCCGUAGCACUGACGUCUGUAGCCAUGAAGUGCUUUGAAAGGCUGGUCAUGGCUCACAUCAACACCAGUAUCCCAAAAACCCUAGACCCACUCCAAUUUGCAUACCGCCCCAACAGAUCCACAGAUGAUGCAAUCUCUAUUGUACUCCACACUGCCCUUUCGCACCUGGACAAGAGGAACACCUACGUGAGAAUGCUAUUCAUUGACUACAGCUCAGCAUUCAACACCAUAGUGCCCUCAAAGCUCAUCACUAAGCUAAGGAUCCUGGGACUAAACACCUCCCUCUGCAACUGGAUCCUGGACUUCCUGACGGGCCACCCCCAGGUGGUAAGGGUAGGUAACAACACAUCUGCCACACUGAUCCUCAACACGGGGGCCCCUCACGGGUGCAUGCUCAGUCCCCUCCUGUACUUCCUGUUCACCCAUGACUGCAUGGCCAGGCAUGAUUCCAACACCAUCAUUAAGUUUGCCGACGACACAACAGUGGUAGGCCUGAUCACAGACAACGAUGAGACGGCCUAUAGGGAGGAAGUCAGAGACCUGGCCGUGUGGUGCCAGGAUAACAACCUCUCCCUCAACGUGACCAAGACAAAGGAGAGGAUUGUGGACUACAGGAAAAAAAAAGAGGACUGAGCACGCCCCCAUUCUCAUCGACGGGGCUGUAGUGAAACAGGUCACCAACGAACUAUCAUGGUCCAAACACACCAAGACAGUCGUGAAGAGGGCACAACAAAGCCUAUUCCCCUCACAAAAUUAUACAGCUGCACCAUCGAGAGCAUCCUGACUGGUUGCAUCACCGCCUGGUAUGGCAACUGCUCGGCCUCCGACCGCAAGGCACUACAGAGGGUAGUGCGUACAGCCCAGUACAUCACUGGGGCCAAACUUCCUGCCAUCCAGGACCUCUAUACCAGGCGGUGUCAGAGGAAGGCCCUCAAAAUUGUCAAAGACUCCAGCCACCCUAGUCAUAGACUGUUCUCUCUGCUACCGCACAGCUAAUUAUGGCUACCCGGACUAUUUGCACUGCCCCCCCACCCCAUAUUUUUACGCUGCUGCUACUCAGUUAAUUAUUUAUGCAUAGUCACUUUAACUCUACCCACACGUACAUAUUACCUCAACUACCUCAACUAGCCGGUGCCCCCGCACAUUGACUCUGCACCGGUACCCCCCUGUAUAUAUAGCCUCCCUAAUGUUAUUUUAUUUUACUUCUGCUCUUUUUUUCUCAACACUUUUUUGUUGUUGUUUUAUUUUACUUUUUUAUUUAAGAAAUAAAUGCAUUGUUGGUUAAGGGCUGUAAGUAAGCAUUUCACUGUAAUGUCUACACAUGUUGUAUUCGGCGCAUGUGGCCAAUAACAUUUGAUUUGAUUUGAUUUGACAUGUCUUAAUGUUGAGCCUUUUGUGUUUCAAGUGUGUAAACAUUGUGUGUUCAUGUUAUGUAGACGUUGUCUGACUGGAAGUGUAUUUCAGGGACAUGGUAAUGGACCAUAACACAGAUUACCACAGUGUAAAUUCCAGUAACUAUCAUUAACAAAGUCCCAUCAGAGCUGCUCAGGAAACGAUAGACAGUGAUGCAUCCUUAAACAAGUGUUUGCAUGUGUGUGCGUCCUUUCUCCCAUUCUCCAGCUGUACUCUCUAUAUGGCCUGGGCAUUUCCAUGUUAAAAAGCCCCAUGAGCAAUAACAUGUCAUAGGAGCACAUCAAAUUUGGUGUCAAUCAAAUGAAGUUUAUUUUUUUGUUGUUGAAUUUAAGGCAUAUAUAAAUUGUUCAACCAUUUUCCAUCCUACACAAAAAUCUUUAACAGACUGCAACUGAAUUGACUACAAUGGGAAUUCAUAGGAGUCACAAACCACAGUUGGGUCACUUGCUACCAGUGUUGUAGGAGUCUGGUCUCGAGACCACAUUGAGUGUCUUGGUCUUGUCUCGGUGUCAGAUACAUUUUUACUCAGUCUUGACUCGGUAUCGGACAGUGAGGACUCGUAAUUUCUUCCCGAGAGACCAGCGGAGUACAAAACUCAUAAUUAGUAGCUUCCAUUCAGUCAGCGCAUAAAAGCGCUUCGCCAGGACAAAUAUAUACACUCCUUUCUUGAAACGUUAAUAUCUUGUGGCCUAUUGAAACCUGUAACACUACUUUCCUUUACGUUCAUUGAAAAUAUCCUAAAACUUUGUCAGAAUUUCCUUGACUCACUGGUAGGGAAGAGGGGGAAAUUGUUGGAUAGUUGCACGCUCACUAUUAGUAAAAGGGAGAUGGGGAAAUUGUAAGUCUUUAUACAGUGCAUUCGUUAAGUAUUUUCAAAAAAAUUCUUAAGUUACAGCCUUAUUCUAAAAUGAAUUAAAUUGUUUUUUUCCUCAUCAAUCUACACACAAUACCCCAUAAUGACAAAGCAAAAACUGGUUUUUAGACAUUUUUGCAUAUGUAUUACUAAUAAAAAACUGAAAUAUCACAUUUACGUAAGUAUUCAAACCCUUUACUCAGUACUUUGUUGAAGCAAAUUUGGCAGCGAUUACAGCCUCAAGUCUUCUUGGGUAUGAUGCUACAAGCUUGGCACACCUGUAUUUGGGGAGUUUCUCCCAUUCUUCUCUGCAGAUCCUCUCAAUCUCUGUCAUGUUGGAUGGGUAGCGUCGCUGCACAGCUAUUUUCAGGUCUCUCCAGAGAUGUUCGAUCAGGUUCAAGUCCGGGCUCUGGCUGGGCCACUCAAGGACAUUCAGAGACUUGUCCCGAAGCCACUCCUGCGUUGUAUUGGCUGUGUGCUUAAGGUCAUUGUCCUGUUGGAAGGUGAACCUUCGCCCCAGUCUGAGGUCCUGAGCACUCUGGAGCAGGUUUUCAUAAAGGAUCUCUCUGUACUUUGCUCCGUUCAUCUUCCCCUCAAUCCUGACUAGUCUCCCUGCCACUGAAAAAUAUCCCCACAGCAUGAAGCUGCCACCACCAUGCUUCACUGUAGGGAUGGUGCCAGGUUUCCUCAAGACGUGACGCUUGGCAUUCAGGCCAAAGAGUUCAAUCUUGGUUUCAUCAGAACAGAGAAUCUUGUUUCUCAUGGUCUGAGAGUCCUUUAGGUGCCUUUUGGCAAACUCCAAGCAGGCUGUCAUGUGCCUUUUACUGAGGAGUGGCUUCGGUCUGGCCAGGGUUGUGGGUUCGUUUGCAACGCCAGGGUUGUGGGUUCGAUUGCCACGGGGGGCCAGUAUGAAAAAAAAUUAAUAAAUAAUGUAAGUCGCUCUGGAUAAGAGUGUCUGCUAAAUGAUGUAAAUGUAAAUGUAAAUGUCAUUCUGUUACCGGGUGUUAAUCCACUUCACUUACUGUAGUUCAAUAACCAAAAUAUUUCAACAUUUCAAUUUAGCCCUCUCCAUAUAGGCCAAUUCCCACGAGUGUAAAGGGUUAACUUUGCAAUCGAUGGUUUUUGUUUGGCAUACGUUUAAAGUGAAAAAGUCUCAGCGUCAUUCUGCUACCGUAGAAUUGCCUGCCUGUAAUUACAGUUCUAUUCUCUGCCUGAUGCUAUAUCUGUGCAUUGAGAGAAAGCUGUGGUUUGUCAUUUGUGGACGACCUUGGGCUCUGGAGAAUCCUUUCUAAGAAGAUGUGGCUAAGUGUGUGAGUGUUCGUGAGUGCUUGCCUGUCUGCCACUCUGUGUGCAUGUGCGUGUGUACAUUUGUAUGUGUGUGCAAGGCCGACCCUAAACGCGAUUGUUUGGGGGGACCCCCCAACUCCUGAGCAAAACAUUUAAGUGUUAGAGUAAUUUUUUAUAUUUCCUGUAAUUCUACAUAUUUUGCCAUGGGGCGCAGAGAGAAUUUUGCAGUUUUACAUCCAAUUUCCUUCCACAUUUUGCUAUGGGGUGGGGAGAAAUUGUUGAAGUUUUAAAGCAAACUUCCUGACAUUUUGCCAAGAAUUAUGCCAUGUUAAUAUGAUAUCUGAGAGAGAGUGACUAACAAAAUCAAUGUGGGUACCCUGGAGGUCAGAGCCCCUGCGCACGUACCCGGUCGGUAAUUCGGCCAUGAUUACUUUCAGAUAGCUGGCUAGACUAAUUUAUCAAUCUAAAAAUGUUUUGCUGACAUGGGCUAAUUGAGUGACUGUCAGUGACUGACAAAUAAAAUGAUGUCGCUUAUGCCUAGGGCCGGCCCUGUAUGACAUAUUCCGCAGGUUUCAUGUGUGUUUUUGAUCUGAACACACCCUUUGGUCCAGCUGGCACACCACUGGCCACAGUUAGGGUAGUGUGUGUACAGUCUGGCCCUGCUCUCUGCUGUGAAUAGGCUCCAGGCCUUCUUUCCCUUAGCCAGAGUUGGAAGAAAGAGUGGACCUGACUGGUUCAGACAGGAUUUGCUGUGUACCACUGGCUUCACUGACUCCCCUUUCUACUGAAAUGCCCAUAAAACAACUUCCUUGGUUCCUGAUCCCUAUGUACACACACACACACAGAAAACCCAUACAUACAGUUUUGAUCCACAUAGUCUUCCAAACGUAUUAUUCUCCUGCAAUGGAAACUCUGAGUGUGUGUGUGUGUGUGUAAGGGCAUAGCAUCAGCUAACCUCUGGGUCUGGCUGGGCUGGGCUGGGUCCAUUUCCCAGUCACUAGAACUAAAGGGAAACACAUUGCUGAGUAGAACCAGUGCCAGAGCAAUGAGAGUCCAACAGCAACUCUGGAGCCAGCUCUCCGGUCCGCACAGGCUCCACUAUAGCCACACAAUGAUGUCAUGAUCCCAGAAUACUGGACUGUGUGUGUGUGUGUGUGUGUGUGUGUGUGUGUGUUUGUGUGUGUGUGUUGGAUAGAAUGCCGCUGCUGUAAUGGGACUUUGUGGAAGGGAGGUUGUCUUGUUGCUGCACAUUCAAAGGCCGUGUUUGUCAGAGGGCUUGGGAUUUUUCAAGUGCCUCCUCAGAAGACAUUGGUUUCCCUGCCACUUCCGCCACUUUGAGCUGAGGCAUUUGAGAGGAAUGCUACUCAUAAAGUAUUCUUCCCCAUUCCCACAAAGCUGUGUCUGUGUGCACGUGAGUGCAUUCUUUCCUUUGUAUGCGUGUGUGUAUGUAUGUGCGUGCGUGCCUGUGCGUGCGCGUCCACUGUAAUUGUGACAAAGUGGCGUGCGAAGUGCACUAGAUCCGUUAGGCGUCUCGUUGCAGUGCAAACAGUGGUGUUCUCUGGUAUUAAUGGCACUCUCUGUGUCUCUGUGGUUUAACAUGAGCCUGACAGCUUUCUAAGAGUCCUCUCUGGUCGGGGCACACAAAGGACUGGCUGUAACCGUGAGACUUGACACCGUGCGACCAUACACUUUCACAUCCAACCCGACUUCCGCGUUACAAACUGUAGCCAUAACCAAGAGGGGCAGUACAACAGGAGUCAAGUCUCACUGGAGUAAGUGAAUGAGUUAGUCUAUACAGGUUUAGUAGUUACAAGUGAUGACAUACAAAAUAUGACCAAUAAAGAAAUAAGUUGUUUCCAUUAGAUUUUUAAAUGUAUUUGACAAUGGAUGCUCAAUGCAAGAGCAUUUGGGGAAUGUAACUGUUCCCUUUUCCAUUUAAGAACAUAAAUUAGUCAGCGUUAUCAGUAAUGGCACUCUCACUAUGUCUAGUAUGCACCACCUCCCAUUCUAUAUUUGCUGCAUUUGGGUUUGUGUGGAGGUUGAUAUUUCUCCUCUCAGACUGUAUAAACAUUGUUUUAAUGGGUUAGACCAUUUUCCAAGAGGGAAAUGAAAGGUCUCAUUCACAUCAUUCAGUGCAAGUCAUGGGAGUGGGACUGAGGAUGUAUUCAGUGACUGUGUAUGUAAACAUGAAACAUAAACAUGUUUCCUUCAUUCUCCCUCUUACAGAUUCAGCAGCUGGAGACGCAGGUGAUAGAGGCAGAGAAAUGUGCCUUCAAAGCUCACCAGCAGGUAAAUGAGAUGUGUGUGUGCGUACGUGUGUGUCAGCAUGCUCGUGUGUGUGUAUUUGUGUGUGUUACAUGUACAGGUAACUGCCAAAAUAAAGGAAACACCAACAUAAAGUGUCUUAAUAGGGUGUUGGGCCACGACGAGCCAGAACAGCUUCAAUGUGCCUUGGUAUAGAUUCUACAAGUGUUUGGAACUCUAUUGGAGGGAUGUGACACCAUUCCUCCACGAGAAAUUCCAUCAUUUGGUGUGUUGUUGAUGGUGGUGGAAAACGCUGUCUCAUGCGCCGCUCCAGAAUCUCCCAUAAGUGUUCAAUUGGGUUGACAUCUGGUGACUGACACAUGGCAUAUGGUUUACACGUUUGCAUGCUCUUCAAACCAUUCAGUGACCACUCAUGCCCUGUGGAUGGGGGCAUUUUCAUCCUAUGGUGGCAUAGCCAUGGUAUCCAAAAUAAUGGCCAAAAUAAUGGCCUGCCGAGCAUUUUUAUACAUGACCAUAAGCAUGAUGGGAUGUUAAUUGCUUAAUUAACUAAUGAACCACACCUGUGUGGAAGCACCUGCUUUCAACAUUCUUUGUAUCCCUCAUUUACUCAAGUGUUUCCAUUAUUUGGGAAGUUACCUGUAUAUUUCUUGAGCACAUUCUAUUACGUGUGUGAUGUGUGCGUAUGAGUGUGUGCAUGUGUGCUCUUUAUAACAAUGUGUGUGUGUGUGUGUGUCUCUCUCUUAGGUGCAGUGGAUGGAGGAGAAAGUGAAGGCUCCAGACGGUCAGUCAGGUGACUCUGAGGUGCGGUUGUUCAAACGCUGUCAGGACCUACAGUCUCUCCUACAGGAGAAGGAUGAUGUCAUCACCCUGCUGGAGACACAACUGGAGGAGCAGGUAAAGAGCCGCCCCUAGACAGUGAUCUAAGGUCAGUUUUGUGCUUUCCCCCCUAAGGGUUAGGAUUGGGGGAGGAUAUGCUGAUCCUAGAUCAGUGUUGAUAUCUGUCUCUGUCCCUUACCAGAAACAGAUCCGAGCCCAGGAUGCUAAGACUGUGGAGGAGAAAGCAGCCAAGAUCAAAGAGUGGGUGAUGCUGAAGCUGUGUGAGGUACAGUACAGGAAGUGUGUGUCCUCACAAGGAUAGCAAAACAAGGAAAACAUUUUGCCAGUCCCCACAAGGAAAAAUGCUAUUUAGGCUUAGGGUUGCAAUUAGGGUUAGGAAAAAUAGUAUUUUCAAUGGGAAUCAAUUGUUUGGUCACCACAAGGAAAGCAAAACAAGCAUGUGUAUUUGUAUAGUAUUAGUGUUGAUGCUUUUUGGUGUUACAAGAGUUUGUGCUGUUCCUAGUUUGAGGUGGAGAAUGCUGCUCUGAGAGAGACCAACAUUCAGCAGGAGGCUCAGAUCCAGGAGUUACAGAAACAGAUGCAGGGUAAGGACCACAGGAAAGACACACACACCCAAAUCCCCUGGCUAGACAUUUUAAAGUCUGUUUCAUGUAUGUGUUCCAGCCCUGGAGCAAAAGCGAGGAGGUGGUGUCCAGUCCAAGCCCGGGGAAGCCCAGCGUCUCAGCAGCUUGACGUUUGGCUGUUUCCAGGUACGAGGGAAGAACCCCCAGGUCCUAACAGGCCCCGAGCCCGCCCAGAGGACCCUCAGAACCCAGCUCGAGGCCGAAGGGGGGAACAACACUGGUCAGUCCCUACCUCCUCAUAUCUACUGGAUGACCAUCACUGAUCAUUUCUAUGACUAUCAAUGUCAUACUACAAAUGUAGGAUCUUAAUUUGAGCAAGUUUGCUACAGCAGGAAAAUAAUCCUGCAGCAACAGAAAAUGUGAAUUAUAAUUCAUGGAGAUUUUUGUAGGGGUUGAUAAAUUUUUUGGUAAGGCAAAUCAAGUCUGACAUUUAAGUGGAAAUUACAAACUUUAAAAGCCUUUUUAAACCUUGAAUAUACUACACAUUUGCAUUUCCUGCUCUACACGACAAUUCUCAGCAACAAAAGAGUAAUCAAAUUAAGAUCCUACAUCUUAUGUUCUUCACUGCUGGUCCAGGAGAACCACUAGUCCAGUGGAUAGGUGAAAUAAUUGUUAUAUUUUAUGAUACAAGUAUCAAACUUGAUAUGCUAGAUACAGUUGAAGUCGGAAGUUUACAUACACCUUAGCCAAAAUACAUUUAAACUCAGUUUUUCACAAUUCCUGACAUUUAAUCCUAGUAAAAAAGUCCCUGUUUUAGGUCAGUUAGGAUCACCACUUUAUUUUAAGAAUGUGAAAUGUCAGAAUAAUAGUAGAGAGAAUGAUUUAUUUCAGCUUUUAUUUAUUUCAUCACAUUCCCAGUGGGUCAGAAGUUUACAUACACUCAAUUAGUAUUUGGUAGCAUUGCCUUUAAAUUGUUUAACUGGGGUCAAACGUUUCAGGUAGCCUUCCACAAGCUUCCCACAGUAAGUUGGGUGAAUUUUGGCCCAUUCCUCCUGACAGAGCUGGUGUAACUGAGUCAGGUUUGUAGGCCUCCUUGCUCGCACACGCUUUUUCAGUUCUGCCCACAAGUUUCUAUAGGAUUGAGGUCAGGGCUUUGUGAUGGCCACUCCAAUACCUUGACUUAGUUGUCCUUAAGCCAUUUUGCCACAACUUUGGAAAUAUGCUUGGGGUCAUUGUUCAUUUGGAAGAACCAUUUGCGACCAAGCUUUAACUUCCUGACUGAUGUCUUGAGAUGUUGCUUCAAUAUAUCCACAUAAUUUUCUUCCUCAUGAUGCCAUCUAUUUUGUGAAGUGCACCAGUCCCUCCUGCAGCAAAGCACCCCCACAGCAUGAUGCUGCCACCCCGUGCUUCAUGGUUGGGAUGGUGUUCUUCGGCUUGCAAACAGUCCCCUUUUCCCUCCAAACAUAACGAUGGUCAUUAUGGCCAAACAGUUCUAUUUUUGUUUCAUCAGACCAGAGGACAUUUCUCCAAAAAGUACAAUCUUUGUCCCCAUGUGCAGUUGCAAACCGUAGAUAAUUGUGUACCUGUUUCCUCCAGCAUCUUCACAAGGUCCUUUGCUGUUGUUCUGGGAUUGAUUUGCACUUUUCGUACCAAAGUACGUUCAUCUCUAGGAGACAGAACGCGUCUCCUUCCUGAGCGGUAUGACGGCUGCGUGGUCCCAUGGUGUUUAUACUUGCGUACUAUUGUUUGUACAGAUGAACGUGGUACCUUCAGGCGUUUGGAAAUUGCUCCCAAGGAUGAACCAGACUUGUGGAGGUCUACAAUUCUUUUUCUGAGGUCUUGGCUGAUUUCUUUUGAUUUUCCCAUGAUGUCAAGCAAAGAGGCACUGAGUUUGAAGGUAGGCCUUGAAAUACAUCCACAGGUACACCUCCAAUUGACUCAAAUUAUGUCAAUUAGCCUAUCAGAAGCUUCUAAAGCCAUGACAUCAUUUUCUGGAUUUUCCCAAGCUGUUUAAAGGCACAGUCAACUUAGUGUAUGUAAACUUCUGACCCACUGGAAUUGUGAUACAGUGAAUUAUAAGUGAAAUAAUCUGUCUGUAAACAAUUGUUGGAAAAAAUACUUGUGUCAUGCACAAAGUAGAUGUCCUAACCGACUUGCCAAAACUAUAGUUUGUUAACAAGAAAUGUGUGGAGUGGUUGAAAAACGAGUUUUAAUGACUCCAACCUAAGUGUAUGUAACUUCCGACCAAAAAUGUGCCCAAAAUGCUGUCCAACUCACAUUUUUUGUUGUUGAUAUUUUGAUCCCUCUAUUGAGAGGGUCAAAUUUCAGCAUGCUCCUAAUGAUUUAAAAAUAUUGUGUGAUAUCUGUGGAUUAGAAUGAUAUCUAAUAUGUACCAAAACAGUGCUUGUAUAAUAAGUAAUGGUAGCCUUAGUAUCCUGUUCCAUACUUCCCUUUCAAAAAGGUAGAGUUCUAUUAGAAUGGCUUCAUGUCCAUGGUUCAAUUUUCAACAUUCUAAGUAUAGGGGAGUAAGUAGGCUACAGGGAAGGUUUCUUGUUACAUUUCAUGAAAUUGACAAAAUACAGAAUAUCAUAUACAGUGAGGGAAAAAAGUAUUUGAUCCCCUGCUGAUUUUGUAUGUUUGCCCACUGACAAAGACAUGAUCAGUCUAUAAUUUUAAUGGUAGGUUUAUUUGAACAGUGAGAGACAGAAUAACAACAACAAAAAUCAGAAAAAAACGCAUGUCAAAAAUGUUAUGAAUUGAUUUGCAUUUUAAUGAGGGAAAUAAGUAUUUGACCCCUCUGCAAAACAUGACUUAGUACUUGGUGGCAAAACCCUUGUUGGCCAUCACAGAGGUCAGACGUUUCUUGUAGUUGGCCACCAGGUUUGCACACAUCUCAGGAGGGAUUUUGUUCCCCUCCUCUUUGCAGAUCUUCUCCAAGUCAUUAAGGUUUCGAGGCUGACGUUUGGCAACUCGAACCUUCAGCUCCCUCCACAGAUUUUCUAUGGGAUUAAGGUCUGGAGACUGGCUAGGCCACUCCAGGACCUUAAUGUGGUUCUUCUUGAGCCACUCCUUUGUUGCCUUGGCCGUGUGUUUUGGGUCAUUGUCAUGCUGAAAUACCCAUCCACGACCCAUUUUCAAUGCCCUGGCUGAGGGAAGGAGGUUCUCACCCAAGAUUUGACGGUACAUGGCGCCGUCCAUCGUCCCUUUGAUGAGGUGAAGUUGUCCUGUCCCCUUAGCAGAAAAGCAUAAUGUUUCCACCUCCAUGUUUGACGGUAGGGAUGGUGUUCUUGGGGUCAUAGUCAGCAUUCCUCCUCCUCCAAACAGGGCGAGUUGAGUUGAUGCCAAAGAGCUCGAUUUUGGUCUCAUCUGACCACAACACUUUCACCCAGUUCUCCUCUGAAUCAUUCAGAUGUUCAUUGGCAAACUUCAGACGGCCCUGUAUAUGUACUUUCUUGAGCAGGGGGACCUUGCGGGCGCUGCAGAAUUUCAGUCCUUCACGGCGUAGUGUGUUACCAAUUGUUUUCUUGGUCACUAUUGUCCCAGCUGCCUUGAGAUCAUUGACAAGAUCCUCCCGUGUAGUUCUGGGCUGAUUCCUCACCAUUCUCAUGAUCAUUGCAACUCCACGAGGUGAGAUCUUGCAUGGAGCCCAAGGCCGAGGGAGAUUGACAGUUCUUUUGUGUUUCUUCCAUUUGCGAAUAAUCGCACCAACUGUUGUCACCUUCUCACCAAACUGCUUGGCGAUGGUCUUGUAGCCCAUUCCAGCCUUGUGUAGGUCUACAAUCUUGUCCCUGACAUCCUUGGAGAGCUCUUUGGUCUUGGCCAUGGUGGAGAGUUUGGAAUCUGAUUGAUUGAUUGCUUCUGUGGACAGGUGUCUUUUAUACAGGUAACAAGCUGAGAUUAGUAGCACUCCCUUUAAGAGUGUGCUUCUAAUCUCAGCUCGUUACCUGUAUAAAAGACACCUGGGAGCCAGAAAUCUUUCUGAUUGAGAGGGGGUCAAAUACUUAUUUCCCUCAUUAAAAUGCAAAUCAAUUUAUAACAUUUUUGACAUUUUGUUGUUAUUCUGUCUCUCACUGUUCAAAUAAACCUACCAUUAAAAUUAUAGACUGAUCAUUUCUUUGUCAGUGGGCAAACGUACAAAAUCAGCAGGGGAUCAAAUACUUUUUUCCCUCACUGUAUAAUGUAUUUAGUAGACUUUAGGGAACACCCAAAAUACUGAAAAUGAGGAUGAAAGUAUAUUCAAGAAUCAGUCAUUUUGGUCGAUUUCUUUUGGCACCUUUUCACCACUUUUCUACAAAAUAUUUAAAGGAUACAUAUAAAUGUCAUUCUUGGGCCAUUUUAUUGUAUUCUCCAGAACCCUUAAAACAUUUUAAGCCAUCGUUGGGCUGUAUGUACCAAUUAUUUAUGUGAAUCUUGUCCAAUAUGGCCCUAUGGUGCUGGUUGGUGAUCAUUUUGAAAAACUGAGUAUAAUUAGGGGUGUAGUGCUCCUGGAGCGCACCAGAGUGACGAAUCAAUGUCUCGGAAGAUCACUUAAUGAAUUAUUAAUUAGUAUUCUGCAUAACAGCCUGACUAUAAUAGCAUACUUGUUACUGUAAGACCAAAAACACCACCUCAUUUCUUAAGAGCUUUAAGGAUGAUUGUGCUGAAUGGCCAAGUUUUUUUUUCUCAUGAUGCGGCCAAAACUAGCGCGCACCAUAGGAAAAAUGGUCUCUGAUGGAAACAAUACAGGUAGGAUAGUCUGUUGCUUGUUAAUAUCAUAUGCUCUGAAAUCCGCUCAAAAAGUAUUUACUCGCAUCACUCAAGAAGAUCUAAAUGCAUAUUCUCAUGAAACUGAGUGAGAUCAAAUGGCAUUUAGAUGCAGCUUGGACAUUUGACCUGUAAAAUGAGAAGAUUUAUAAUUCACGAUUGAUAGUGAUGAUGGCCUAUUUUGAUUUAGGUAGGCCUAAUUUGGUGUUUGAAGGUAUUGAAAAUACAAACAUUUAUUCAAGUCAAUGUGUGUAGGCAUACGAUGCAUUUGGAUGAUGCGUUUUAUGCAUAUAACAUUAUAUUAUUCAACAGGCUAUGUUGCAAGAGUUGGAAGGUGUUCCUAAUGUUCGGUAUACUCAGUGUAUUUGGUUCUUAUCCGCUGGACUACACAGGGUGUGCAGGUUCUUGAUCUGGACCAGCAUUAACACACCUUAUUAAGCUUAACUAAUCAUAAUUCCUUUGAUUAGUUGAAUCAGGCGUGUUAGUACUGGGCUGAAACAAAUGCCUGCACAGCAUAGUCUGUAAGUCCCCAGUACAAGGAUUGAAGAACAUUGAUUUGGUAUGUUAUUUGGUACAUGAUAUUGAUAAUAAUAAGCCAUUUAGCAGACGCUUUUAUCCAAAGCGACUUACAGUCAUACAAGUGUUUGUUUACUUUGACAGAUAACACCAAUACAGAGACAUCAGUCUCCUCCGGGGCAGAGAGUGGAGGCCACAGACCAGCGGACGCUACCUCAGAGGAGGAGACUGAGAGUGUGUGUGAGAGCACAGGAGGGCCAGAGUCUCGCUGUGUGUCCUCUGUGCUCUCCAUUGCUGCUUUGGAGGGCGAGGGUGGAGGUUUGUGUGAAGGGGAGGGGUGUCCGCUGAAGUACAGCCGUCCCGGCAGCGAGACCUACCUCACGGCGUCUGAUGACAGCAGCUCUCUGUUCGAUGAUGACAUGGAGCGUACCAAGCGCCCCCACUUCCACCUGCCGGGGUCCGGGGAGGGGGGGCUGACGGAGAAGGAGGGGGUCAGGGAGAGGAAACUUGAGGAUUGCUCCUCGGACGAACUCAACAAACGCUUCCAGUCCCAGAGACUAGACUCCUCGUCCUCCUCCAGUGACCCCUCCAACACCCCUAGCCCCAUCCUCACCCCCAAGCGCCCCACCUCCACCCAGGACUCCAGAGACCCCCCCGCCUCUCCCAAACAGCCCCGCCUGCGGACGCCCGCUGGGUUUGGCGUGAUGAGCGUGGCCCUGGCCAAGAGACACCUGAGCCAGCCGCCAAUCAGCACGGAGGCGGCUCAUGGACGGACGCGCAACGCCAUCAGCAUGCUCCGCCCCCUUAGGCCCCAAGAGACCGACCUGGAUCAGGAACAGGAGGUCGGCAUGGAGACGGGUAGAGACACGCCCCCUCAGCCAGCCACCAAGCCAACCUUGCGCACCUCACCAGCCUCACUCGCCACGGACAAAGACGAGCCCCCAGAGAGCCCAGACCUCCCUGCCACGGUGCCAGGGAGCAAGCCACCGACACCCCCUCUACACAGGUUCCCCUCCUGGGUGAGCAUUAAGUUCUAUUUACCUUUAUUGUACAUACUUUGAGUGUUUUAUGCUUUGCUUGUGUUGACUGUUCCUUUAGGAAAGCCGGAUAUAUGCAGUGGCUAAGUCUGGCAUCAGGCUGUCAGAGACCUCAUGUACAGACCAGGCAAGCAAAGGUGAGAGAGAGAAGAAGAGAAUACUGGGUCAGUACCGUUCUGCCAUUGGCCCUGUGUUUUGGAGAAGGCUCUGUGAUUGGCUGAUUGAGCUGUCAUCUCUGUUCCAGACCCCUCCCUCCAGUCCUCGUACCCUGCUUUUGUGCUCUACACAUCCCUCAUCUAUAAGAACAUGACCACGCCUGUUUACACUACACUGAAGGGGGUAGGUGUGUGUGUGUGUGUGUGUGUAUGUCACCCGCAGAAGUCCUGUUUUAAUGUGACCCUCUAGAGUGUGUGUGUGUGUGUGUGUGUGUGUGUCAAGCUGAUGGUGUGUAUUACCUUCUGUAGAAAGCCACUCUGCUGAGCAGUAGUCCGUUCUCAGAGGAGUCGUCCAGCUCAGAGGAGUCGUCCAGCUCAGAGGAGUCGUCCAGCUCAGAAGAAGAGGAAGGAUCUAAAUGUAGCUCACACACCUCUAGAUCCGGCUCCCGCAAAAACAGCAACCCCGGCAGCCCCCGCUCCCUCAAGAGAGGUACUGCACACACUCACACGGACACUUCAUAAAUACAGACUCACACACUUGCGCACACACACACACUUGCACACGCAAGCAUGCGCAUGCACACAUACACAUACACACACAUGGUCAUUGCACACACAUGGUCAGACACCUCACACACACACACACACAAACACACCACAAGAAGGCUCACACAAGAGUACACAUCUCACACUGCCUCAUAUUAAAACCAAAUCCAUACGUGAUUAUUACCAUGUUCUCAUGACUGUCUGUGUAUUCCCUCUUCUCCAGCUGUGUCCAUGUCGUCCAUGACAUCAGAGAGUGACUAUGCCAUUCCUCCUGAUGCCUACUCUACUGACACAGAGUGUUCUGAGCCAGAGCAGAAACUCCCAAAGACCUGCUCUAGCACCCGCGACAACGGCAAGAAUGUAAGAACAUUGUCUUUUUGUUGAGCACAAACCACGUUUCUCUCUAUAGCUAGGUUUCCAUCCAAUUGCCGACAGAUUUUCAUUGGAAUAUUCUAAAAUCGGAAUAAAACAAUAUGCCACCAGAGGGGUGUUUCCAUCAAACUGACUUGUUGUGUAUACAGUGGGGGGAAAAAGUAUUUAGUCAGCCACCAAUUGUGCAAGUUCUCCCACUUAAAAAGAUGAGAGAGGCCUGUAAUUUUCAUCAUAGGUACACAUCAACUAUGACAGACAAAAUGAGGGGAAAAAAUCCAGAAAAUCACAUUGUAGGAUUUUUUAUGAAUUUAUUUGCAAAUAAUGGUGGAAAAUAAGUAUUUGGUCAAUAACAAAAGUUUCUCAAUAGUUUGUUAUAUACCCUUUGUUGGCAAUGACACAGGUCAAACGUUUUCUGUAAGUCUUCACAAGGUUUUCACACACUGUUGCUGGUAUUUUGGCCCAUUCCUCCAUGCAGAUCUCCUCUAGAGCAGUGUUGUUUUGGGGCUGUCGCUGGGCAACACGGACUUUCAACUCCCUCCAAAGAUUUUCUAUGGGGUUGAGAUCUGGAGACUGGCUAGGCCACUCCAGGACCUUGAAAUGCUUCUUACGAAGCCACUCCUUCGUUGCCCGGGCGGUGUGUUUGGGAUCAUUGUCAUGCUGAAAGACCCAGCCACGUUUCAUCUUCAAUGCCCUUGUUGAUGGAAGGAGGUUUUCACUCAAAAUCUCACGAUAUAUGGCCCCAUUCAUUCUUUCCUUUACCCGGAUCAGUCGUCCUGGUCCCUUUGCAGAAAAACAGCCCCAAAGCAUGAUGUUUCCACCCCCAUGCUUCACAGUAGGUAUGGUGUUCUUUGGAUGCAACUCAGCAUUCUUUGUCCUCCAAACACGACGAGUUGAGUUUUUACCAAAAAGUUCUAUUUUGGUUUCAUCUGACCAUAUGACAUUCUCCCAAUCCUCUUCUGGAUCAUCCAAAUGCACUCUAGCAAACUUCAGACGGGCCUGGACAUGUACUGGCUUAAGCAGGGGGACACGUCUGGCACUGCAGGAUUUGAGUCCCUGGCGGCGUAGUGUGUUACUGAUGGUAGGCUUUGUUACUUUGGUCCCAGCUCUCUGCAGGUCAUUCACUAGGUCCCCCCCCGUGUGGUUCUGGGAUUUUUGCUCACCGUUCUUGUGAUCAUUUUGACCCCACGGGGUGAGAUCUUGCGUGGAGCCCCAGAUCGAGGGAGAUUAUCAGUGGUCUUGUAUGUCUUCCAUUUCCUAAUAAUUGCUCCCACAGUUGAUUUCUUCAAACCAAGCUGCUUACCUAUUGCAGAUUCAGUCUUCCCAGCCUGGUGCAGGUCUACAAUUUUGUUUCUGGUGUCCUUUGACAGCUCUUUGGUCUUGGCCAUAGUGGAGUUUGGAGUGUGACUGUUUGAGGUUGUGGACAGGUGUCUUUUAUACUGAUAACAAGUUCAAACAGGUGCCAUUAAUACAGGUAACGAGUGGAGGACAGAGGAGCCUCUUAAAGAAGAGGUUACAGGUCUGUGAGAGCCAGAAAUCUUGCUUGUUUGUAGGUGACCAAAUACUUAUUUUCCACCAUAAUUUGCAAAUAAAUUCAUAAAAAAUCCUACAAUGUGAUUUUCUGCAAUUUUUUUUCUCAAUUUGUCUGUCAUAGUUGACGUGUACCUAUGAUGAAAAUUACAGGCCUCUCUCAUCUUUUUAAGUGGGAGAACUUGCACAAUUGGUGGCUGACUAAAUACUUUUUUUUCCCCACUGUAAAAGGUUGUGCAUGAUGACAUGGUGCCCAUAAAAAACAAUUUUGCAGUUAAGUUCCCAUGUACCAAAUAAAACAUCUAAAUUAAAUGGGUUUCCAUUGCAUUUUCAACUCUACCGAUGGUUUUGUCACAAAAACUGUUGCAAUAAAAUAGCAAACUUGCCCAAUCUGGUUUUUGCGCAUACUCUCUCGACAAGAGUUUGCUGAUAAAGAGACACAGCCAACACAUAUACCCUACACCUGCCACUAUACAUACACACCACUCGCCAACUCCUGUGUUUGUAGGAGCCCAUGGAGAAGUCAGGGUACCUCCUGAAGAUGGUGAAAACGUGGAAGAAGACUUGGAAGAGACGCUGGUUUGUCCUCAAAGAUGGAGAGCUGCUCUAUUACAAGUCACCGGUCAGUUAGAAAAACUCACACACUUACACACACGCUCACACACACUCACUCAAAUCAUGUAUACCAACUGGCCUCAAAAGUUUGCCUUGAAAUUAAUGUGGACUGACACUGUUAUGAUCUAUGUUAUUUAUGGGUUUGUGUAUAUCUGUGUUUUAGUGUGAGUGUUUUUCUGCCAUGUCUCCUUGUACACGUUCAUGUCUACAGAUGUAGGAUCUUAAUUUGAGCCAGUUUGCUACAGCAGGAGAAUAAACCUGCAGCAACAGGAAAUGUGAAUUAUUAUGUGGACAUUUUUGUCGGAGUUGAUACAUUUUUCAUUAGGGCAAAUCAAGUCUGACAUUUUAAAGUGGAAAUUAAAAACUUUAGAAGCCUUUUUAAACCUUGAAUACACUACAAGUUUGCAUUUCCUGCUGUGCAGCAACAAAAGAGUGAUCAAAUGAAGAUCCUACAUCUGUAGCUCUCAUGACAGGUCUGAUGAUUUGGUUCAGUGAACUGUAACACUCUCACUUAUGUCAUUUACUGAAUGAGCCUAUGUGAUUGGUCUUCCCAGAGUGAUGUCAUCCGGAGACCACAGGGUCAGAUUGAGGUCAACACCACCAGUAGUAUCGCCCGCGGCGACGGGAAGCAAGUGCUCCAGGUACUAGUGUGUGUGUGUGUGUGUGUGUGUGUGUGUGUGUGUGUGUGUGUGUGUGAGAGAGAGAGCAGGAGAGUGUGUUCAUGUGGAUAUUUGCCUGCACAUUUUUAGCAUUAACUAUCAUUUCCUGUUUGUGUGCGUGCAUGCUGACGUGCCCGCAUGCGUGUGUGUUAUCUCAGAUUGUUACAGGGAAGAGAGUAUACUAUCUGAAGGCAGACUCUCCCAACCUGCUAGAGGAGUGGCUGAGGGUUCUACAGAGUGUUCUGAGGGUCAAAACAGCCAGCCCGCUGUUCGCUCAACCUGAGAUACGACCCGGGAUGAAGGGUCAUCUCAUCAAGGUUCUGUCUUACAGCACUAAAUAUCCCUGAUAGCCAUGAACUUUAAAGGGGCAAUCUGUGAUUGCUACAUCCAUUUUUUUGUUACUUUUAAAUUCAUAAUAUAUAGCCAUUGAUUCUGGAAGAAUAUGACUUAUAAAUGCCUCGUGAGCUUAGUUCAACUGUCUAACUCAAUCAGAACCCAAAAAAUAAGCUUUCUUUACUCCUUUGUUUGUAAACAAUGUAAUUGUAAACAAACCCUGUAUAGCCUCAAAACAUUGUUAAAACUAGCAUUUUGAUAUCAUGGAUGAUCAGCCCUUGCAUCCAUAGUUCUGUCUAUACAUUUUGGAGAGGUUACAUUUCUUCAGCCCUACCCCUCAUUUCUCCAGCCCUAUUUGCUUUGUUAUUGUUUGAACUGCAGAUUGCCCCUUAAACUUUCUACUUGAACUAUAACUCUCUAGAACUAUGACUCUAUGAGUCGAGUGUUGACAUUUGGUUGACUAAGGUGGUUACCAAUGACCAGUGCCUCAUUGAAGUGAAGGUAACUUUUUUGUAUCUCUGUCAGGUGAAACAUGGCUACUCCAAGCGGGUGUGGUGUGCCCUCAUCGGUAAAACACUCUACUACUUCCGCAGUCAGGAUGACAAGGUACACAACUCAUUCACUUAUACUCAUACUCUCUACUCAUCUAUCUUCCCAUUCACCAUACUAACGCGCAGUGUGCGCCCCCACAGUUCCCCCUAGGUCAGAUCAAGCUGUGGGAGGCUCGGGUGGAGGAGGUGGACAGGUCACGUGACUCGGAUGAGGAGCUGAAGUCAUGCGGGAGGGGCUUACAGGCCACGCCCCACACCAUAGCUGUCCAUCCCCAGGAGCAGGGCCCCACCUACCUGCUCAUUGAAUCCCGACAUGAGAAGGUAUGAGAGGAGCCAGAAUCAGUGUGGAUACAUGGUAGAGAACAUCCCAUGAUAAAAAGGUCACACAGACACAAAAAUGACCUACAGUGAAUACAUUUUAGUACGUGUUUCACUUGCUAGAAUCAAACCCACAACUGUGGUGUUGCAAGCACCAUGCUUCACCCAACUGGUAGAUACUGCUAAUACUGCCGUAAUUAGCCAAUAUACUGUACAGUGCCUAUCAUAAGAUUUCUUCAAAUUUGAUUGUGUUACGAAGUGGGAUUCAAAUGUAUUUAAUGGGUAAAGAAUUGUCAAAGAUCUACACAAAACACUAAUGUCAAAGUGGAAUAAACAUUUAAAUAAAUACUUUUAUGACAAAUUAAACACACAUUUAAAUAAGUAUUCACCUCCUAAGUCAAUACAUGUUAGAAACACCUUCGGCAGCAAUUACAGCUGUGAGUACUUUGGGGUAUCUAAGUCUCUAAAAGCUUUGCACACCUGGAUUGUGCAAUAUUUGCGCAUUAUUCUUUUCAAAUUCUUCAAGCUCUGUCAAAUUGGUUGUUGAUUAUUGCUAGACAGCCAUCUUAAAUCUUGCCAUAGAUUUCAAGCAGAUUUAAGUCAAAACUGAAACUAGACCACUCAAGAACAUUCACUUUCUUCUUGGUAAGCAAUUCCAGUGUAGAUUUGACCUUGUGUUUUAGAUUAUUGUCUCCAGACCUUGCUGAUGACAAGCAUACCCAUAACAUGAUGCAGCCACUAUGCUUGAAAAUAUGGAGAGUGGUACUCAGUGGUGCUGUGUUGGAUUUGCCAUAAACGUAAUGCUUUGCAUGUUUUUUUGCUGUAUUACUAUAGUGCCUUUUUGUAAACAGAAUGCAUGUUUUGGAAUAUUUUAAUUCUGUAUAGGCUUCCGUCUUUUCACUAUGUCAUUUAGGUUUGUAUUGUGGAGUAACUACAAUGUUGUUGAUCGAUCCAGUUUUCUCCCAUCACAGCCAUUAAACUCUGUAAAUGUUUUUAAAUCACCAUUGGCCUCAUUGUGAAAACCCUGAGUGGUUUCUUUCUCUCUGGCAACUCAGUUUGGAAGGACACCUGUAUCUUUGUAGUGACUGAGUGUAUUGAUACACCAUCCAAAGCCUAAUAACUUUACCAUGCUCAAAGGGAUAUUCAGUGUCUGCUUUUUCUUUGCCCAUCUACCAAUCAGUGCCCUUCUUUGCGAGGCAUUAGAAAAGCUCCCUGGUCUUUGUGGUUGAAUCUGUGCUUGAAAUUCAUUAAUCGACUGAGGGACCUUAUAGAUAAUUGUAUGUGUGGGGUACAGAGAUGUGGUAGUCAUUCAAAAAGCAUGUUAAACCCUAUUAUUGCACACAGAAUGAGUCCAUGCAACUUAUUAUGUGAUUUGUUAAGCACAUUUUUACUCCUCAACUUAUUUAGGCUUGCUAUAACAAAGUGGGUUAAUAGAUUUUAGUUAUUUAUUUUGUAUAAAUGUGUAAACAUUUAUAUAAUUUUCUUUUCACUUUGACAUUAUUAAGUAUUUUGUGUAGAUCAGUGACAGAAAAUCACAAUUAAGUCAAUUUCAGUGUGAAAAGAUCCAACGGGGAUGAAUACUUGAUAGGCACUGUAGCUAUAGUGGUUCUGCCCUGUCUUCUGGUUUCUUUAGGAGGCUUGGCUGUAUCACCUGUCGGUGGCAGCGGGCAACACGGUGGGCAAGGUUGGCACAGAGUUUGAGCAGUUGGUGGGCCAACUGCUCAAUGUGGAGGGAGAACCAAGUGAGUGUCCUACUGCUCUUCUGGCUUUUGUCUGUUUCAGUAUCUCAUCAGUUAGACUCUUCUGCUAUUGAAAGUGACUAUAAGUCGGGUGUGCAAGACUUCUCUUCAGUAUGUCAAUAGUUUUCACUGCAUUUUCCAAACUCGCUCUUUUUCUCUCGCUCUUUCGUUCAGACUCUCAGAUAUGGAGAAACCCCAUGCUGUGUUUCAGUAAAGAGGGUCUGUCAUCUCCACUCACCACCCUGCCCUCUCAGGCCCUGCAGACUGAGGCCAUCAAGCUCUUUAAGGUAGGAUACACACACACAUGCGCACAAACACUCACGCGCAUGACAUCACAGACAUGUGCACGCAAAGAGAGUUAGUUCAUGGGCCUUGCAAUCUUUUGACAAUAAAUAAUAUUCAAAGAGCUAUGUCAGUUUUUCCAAUGACUCUCCUCCUUUCUCUUUAUAUCUCUCUCUCUUUCUGUCCCCUUCUCUCCCUCUCUUCCAGACAUGCCAGCUCUUCAUCAACGUGGCAAUCGAUGCUCCAGCCAUUGACUACCACGUGUCCCUGGCCCAGAGUGCGUUGCAGGUGUGCCUGACCCACCCAGAGCUACAAAACGAGUUAUUUUGUCAGCUCAUCAAACAGACACGCAAGAGACAGCCCCAAGGGCAGCCCUGGCCCUUGCAGGUACACAUACAUACUCUUUCACCACAGAGGGGCAGCAGGAGUACAUGUAAAAUUACAUACAGUCCACACCUGACAAAUUCAAUGGAUUGUGGCGGUCAUGAAUAGAUUGUUGUGAAUCCAUUAUGGGUGCACUAAACUGGAGCAUGCAGAGUAUGUAUUUGAAUUUGAACUAGUGAAUUGCAAUGGAUUUAAACAGAGUUUGCCCUUAUCCACUGAGUAUACAAAACAUUAAGAACACCUGCUCUUUCCAUGACAUAGACUGACCAGGUGAAUCUAGGUGAAGGCUAUGAUCCCUUAUUGAUGGCACUUAUUAAAUCCACUUCAAUCAGUGUAGAUGAAGGGUAGGAGACAGGUUAAAGAAGGAUUUUUAGGCCUCGAGACAAUUGAGACAUGGAUUGUGUAUGUGUGCCAUUCAGAGGGUGAAUGGGCAAGACACAAGAUUUAUGUGCCUUUGAACGGAGUAUGGUAGUAAGUGCCAGGCACACCGGUUUGUGUCAACUGCAACGUGGCUGGGUUUACAACUCAAUAUUAGGAAGGUGUUCCUAAUGUUUGGUAUACUCAGUGUAUACGGAGUUAACAAAUGAGAGUUUAUGUUUGUAUGCUAAAUAACUAAAAUGUAAAUGUAUGGUCUUCUACAGGGAUGGCAGUUCCUGGCUCUGUGUGUGGGUCUCUUUCUGCCCCAGCACCCCUUCCUUUGGCUGCUGCAGGUACACCUGAAGAGGCAUGGAGACUCAAGGUGAGCACACACACACUCACAUACGCACGCAUGCAAAUUGUCCCUAGUCUGACUUCCUAGUCGCUCAUUUGCUAACCCAACCUUGUAUUUACCUGCAAUUUGACUGUACUUUCCCCUGUGUGUCUCUCUCAGAACAGAGGUGGGUAAAUACGCCAUCUACUGUCAGAGGUCGGUAGAGAGGACCCAGCUAAAGGGUGAGCGUCAGGCCCGGGCGUCCCGUAUGGAGAUCCUGUCUAUCCUUCUCAGGAACCCAUACCACCACUCACUGCCCUUCAGUGUACCUGUUCACUUCCUCAACAACACAUACCAGGUACAACACAUACUCUCUCUACCAGUUAGUGUGCACAGGGAGAGAGACGCACACACGUGUGCAUGCUAGGGUUGCAAAGCUACAGGUAAUUUACCAAAGUGAACAGAAUCUUCUGUAAUUUUGGUAAUUAACAGGUAAUAUAUGGCAAUCUAUGGUAACUUUGGUAAUUUAUACUUAAAUAACUUUUUUACUUUUUAACUCUGCAACUCUUUCAACUAUUUACUUUUUUCAUAACUGCCACCAGUUUGGUGCCAAAACAUUUACAACAAAGAAAUAUUGACAUAGUAAAAUAUAUAUAUAUAUUUCAUGCCUAAACCCUCAUAUUAAACACCAAUGGUAUUCACUAAAUCAUCUUAUUUGAUUAUUUUAUAUAUUCUACAUGCUGUGGGCCAGAGAUAAUUACAGACACCUGUGAUAAUCUGAAUUACCCAAAAAGGCCACUAGAUGUCAUCUGAUAAUAAAACAAAAGUUUCCAGUAAUAUACCCUCCCUUUGCAACCACAAAGGUGCAUGCACACACACACACACACACACACACACACACACACAUUGACGGUGUAUUUUGCCCCAUCCAGGUAGUGGGCUUUGAUGCCUCUACCACAGUGGAGGAGUUUCAGUGCAGACUGAACCAGGACACAGGGAUGAGGAAAACUGGUCAAUCAGGCUUCAGCCUCUACACGGACGACCCUACUGGACGAGAGCUGGAGCACUGUCUACAGGGGGGCAUCAAGGUUAGACUGAAUAGCUGACAUCAUACAGACAUGGCCACAUUCACAGAAUCAACACACAAAUACUGGAAAGUAUUUUUCCCCACUCAAAAAAUGUGGACAAUAUCUGCUGUCUUUAUUGGAAAAGCACUUAAAGGGCAUUUCAACCUCAUAUUCAUUAUCUCUAGCACUAUACAAGUGUCUACAUAUGUAAAAAUGGCACGUUUAUAUGAUCUGUGGUUAAAAAGAUCAGAUUAAAGGUCCUAUAAAAUGCUUCUCUGUGAUUUUCAAAACCUGCAACGAAUUUCUAGCCAGAGGAAGGGUAUUUUCUUGCUCAUCGGGUAGAACUUAUUAACUUAAUAUUUGUUUGUACAAAUCGUAAAAAUGUGCAGUUUUCACAUACAGUGGGGGAAAAAAGUAUUUAGUCAGCCACCAAUUGUGCAAGUUCUCCCACUUAAAAAGAUGAGAGAGGCCUGUAAUUUUCAUCAUAGGUACACGUCAACUAUGACAGACAAAUUGAGAAAAGAAAAUCCAGAAAAUCACAUUGUAGGAUUUUUAAUGAAUUUAUUUGCAAAUUAUGGUGGAAAAUAAGUAUUUGGUCACCAACAAACAAGCAAGAUUUCUGGCUCUCACAGACCUGUAACUUAUUCUUUAAGAGGCUCCUCUGUCCUCCACUCGUUACCUGUAUUAAUGGCACCUGUUUGAACUUAUUAUCAGUAUAAAAGACACCUGUCCACAACCUCAAACAGUCACACUCCAAACUCCACUAUGGCCAAGACCAAAGAGCUGUCAAAGGACACCAGAAACAAAAUUGUAGACCUGCACCAGGCUGGGAAGACUGAAUCUGCAAUAGGUAAGCAGCUUGGUUUGAAGAAAUCAACUGUGGGAGCAAUUAUUAGGAAAUGGAAGACAUACAAGACCACUGAUAAUCUCCCUCGAUCUGGAGCUCCACGCAAGAUCUCACCCCGUGGGGUCAAAAUGAUCACAAGAACGGUGAGCAAAAAUCCCAGAACCACACGGGGGGACCUAGUGAAUGACCUGCAGAGAGCUGGGACCAAAGUAACAAAGCCUACCAUCAGUAACACACUACGCCGCCAGGGACUCAAAUCCUGCAGUGCCAGACGUGUCCCCCUGCUUAAGCCAGUACAUGUCCAGGCCCGUCUGAAGUUUGCUAGAGUGCAUUUGGAUGAUCCAGAAGAGGAUUGGGAGAAUGUCAUAUGGUCAGAUGAAACCAAAAUAUAACUUUUUGGUAAAAACUCAACUCGUCGUGUUUGGAGGACAAAGAAUGCUGAGUUGCAUCCAAAGAACACCAUACCUACUGUGAAGCAUGGGGGUGGAAACAUCAUGCUUUGGGGCUGUUUUUCUGCAAAGGGACCAGGACGACUGAUCCUUGUAAAGGAAAGAAUGAAUGGGGCCAUGUAUCGUGAGAUUUUGAGUGAAAACCUCCUUCCAUCAGCAAGGGCAUUGAAGAUGAAACGUGGCUGGGUCUUUCAGCAUGACAAUGAUCCCAAACACACCGCCCGGGCAACGAAGGAGUGGCUUCGUAAGAAGCAUUUCAAGAUCCUGGAGUGGCCUAGCCAGUCUCCAGAUCUCAACCCCAUAGAAAAUCUUUGGAGGGAGUUGAAAGUCUGCGUUGCCCAGCGACAGCCCCAAAACAUCACUGCUCUAGAGGAGAUCUGCAUGGAGGAAUGGGCCAAAAUACCAGCAACAGUUUGUGAAAACCUUGUGAAGACUUACAGAAAACGUUUGACCUGUGUCAUUGCCAACAAAGGGUAUAUAACAAAGUAUUGAGAAACUUUUGUUAUUGACCAAAUACUUAUUUUCCACCAUAAUUUGCAAAUAAAUUCAUUAAAAAUCCUACAAUGUGAUUUUCUGGAUUUUCUUUUCUCAAUUUGUCUGUCAUAGUUGACGUGUACCUAUGAUGAAAAUUACAGGCCUCUCUCAUCUUUUUAAGUGGGAGAACUUGCACAAUUGGUGGCUGACUAAAUAUUUUUUUCCCCCACUGUAUGUAGACACUGGUAUUGUGCUGGAGAAAUUGUGAGGAAUUGCCUUUUAAGGGUUCUUUAUUAUUUUUUUCAACAAAGCCUUUGUCAAAUCUGAAGUCUUUGUCACAAAAGAUGCAUGUCUUCCUUUCUCACAGAUCUGUGACAUCAUCUCCAAAUGGGAGCAGGCCUCCAAGGAGCAGCACACGGGCAAGUCUGAGAACACCAGAACUUUCCGGCUCACCUACAAGAAUAGGUAGAUUUUACACUUUUUACUUUCACUUACUGUGUGUAUGUAGAGAUCUCAUUCACCACUAGUUAACCCUUUGUAACACUCUGUCUGUGUUUGGGUCUGUGUCUGGGUGUGUGUGUGCGUGCGUGUGUGUCUCUGUCUGUCUGUGUGCAGGCUGUACUUCUCUCCUCAGGUGCGAGGUGAGUCAGAGAGAGAGAGGCUGCUCCUGGCCUAUCAGACGAACGAGGCCAUCAUAGCAGGACACUUCCCUGUCAACAAGGAGCUGGCUCUUGAGAUGUCUGCCCUGCUAGCCCAGGUCUGUGACGUCCAUAUACAGUGGCUUGCGAAGGUAUUCACCCCCCUUGGCAUUUUUCCUAUUUUGUUGCCUUACAACCUGGAAUUAAAAUUGAUUUUUUUGAGGUUUGUAUCAUUUGAUUUACACAACAUUCCUACCACUUUGAAGAUGCAAAAUAUUUUUUAUUGUGAAACAAACAAGAAAUAAGACAAACAAACAGAAAACUUCAGCGUGCAUAACUAUUCACUCCCACCAAAGUCAAUACUUUGUAGAGCCAACUUUUGCAGUAAUUACAGCUGCAAGUCUCUUGGGGUAUGUCUCGAUAAGCUUGGCACAUCUAGCCACUGGGAUUGUUGCCCAUUCUUCAAGAAAAAACUGCUCCAGCUCCUUCAAGUUGGAUGGGUUCUGCUGGUGUACAGCAAUCUUUAAGUCAUACCACAGAUUCUCAAUUGGAUUGAGGUCUGGGCUUUGACUAGGCCAUUCCAAGACAUUUAAAUGUUUCCCCUUAAGCCACUCAAGUGUUGCUUUAGCAGUAGGCUUAGGGUGAACCUCCGUCCCAAUCUCAAAUCUCUGGAAGACUGAAACAGGUUUCCCUCAAGAAUUUCCCUGUAUUUACCGCCAUCCACCAUUCCUUCAAUUCUGACCAGUUUCCCAGUCCCUGCCGAUGAAAAACAUCCCCACAGCAUGAUGCUGUCACCACUAUGCUUCGCUGUGGGGAUGGUGUUCUCGGGAUGAUGAGAGGUGUUGGGUUUGCGCCAGACAUAGCGCUCAAUUUUAGUCUCAUCUGACCAGAGUACCUUCUUCCAUAUGUUUGGGGAGUCUCCCACAUGCAUUUUGACGAACACCAAACGUGUUUGCUUAUUUAUUUCUUUAAGCAAUGGCUUUUUUCUGGCCACUCUUCCAUAAAGCCCAGCUCUGUGGAGUGUAUGGCUUAAAGUGGUCAUAUGGACAGAUACUCCAAUCUCCACUGUGGAGCUUUGCAGCUCCUUCAGGGUUAUCUGGUAUCUUUGUUGCCUCUCUGAUUAAUGCCCUCCUUGCCUGGUCCGUGAGUUCUGGUGGGCGGCCCUCUCUUGGCAGGUUUGUUGUGGAGCCAUAUUCUUUCCAAUUUUUUAAUAAUGGAUUUAAUGGUGCUCCGUGGGAUGUUCAAAGUUUUUUAUAACCCAACCCUGAUCUGUACUUCUCCACAACUUUGUCCCUGACCUGUUUGGAGAGCUCCUUGGUCUUCAUGGUGCUGCUUGCUUGGUGGUGCCCCUUGCUUAGUGGUGUUGCAGACUCUGGGGCCUUUCAGAACAGGUGUAUAUACUGAGAUCAUGUGACAGAUCAUGUGACACUUAGAUUGCACACAGGUGGACUUUAUUUAACUAAUUAUGUGACUUCUGAAGGUAAUUGGUUGCACCAGAUCUUAUAAGGGGCUUCAUAGCAAAGGGGGUGAAUACGUAUGCACGCACCACUUUUCCGUUAUUUAAUUUUGUUAAAUUUUUUGAAACAAGUAUUUUUUUCAUUUCACUUCACCAAUUUGGACUAUUUUGUAUAUGUCCAUUACAUGAAAUCCCCCCCAAAAUCCAUUUAAAUUACAGGUUGUAAUGCAACAAAGUAGGAAAAACGCAAAGGUGGAUGAAUACUUUUGCAAGGCACUGUACCUACUGUAUAUAAUCCUAUAAAUUUUACACAUCAUUGGUGUAUUUUCUCUCUCCUCACUGUCUGCCCAUUGUAAAUGACAUAUCAUCUCUAAAACAGUUUAUUCUGCCUUUGUCUAUGUGUUGAAUGGGGAAUUUGCAAUUGUAUUGAAUGCCAUUGCAGUACCCCAAGCCUGGGUGUGAGCAGUUUGCCAACUUGUCAUUGUCUCACCUUGUUUUGAAAGUCAACAGUGUAUUCAGAGUUGUUAAAUAUAGGAAGGUUUAAUGGGAACCAAAAGAGUUUACCUGUCAGUAGUGGAUAUUAGAUGGUAUCGCAGUGUAAAGACUAUAGUCUCCUUUGUAAAUGUUAAUGUAAUUGUUUCUGGUCUCAGGUGGAGUUUGGAGAUUUUGAGCGUCCGUUCUCCACCCCAGCCAGCCCCAACUCAGCCCAGACCAAGUCUAACCAGACCCUGAAACAGGUACUGGAGAGGUUCUACCCAAAACACUACCGCAGGACAUCCACUGAGGAACAACUCAGGUAAGCUGCUAGAAUGUGUUAUAUUAUACAGACCUGGGUUCAAAAACUUUUGGCUGGACUUGAUUGACGCAAUGGAAUCAAUAGAAUAGUUGUAAAAGUGCAAAACCCACCCAUCUGGCACUCAGGGCAGGCUAAAGCAAACGCUAAAAGUAUUUGAAAGAUUUCAAAUAGUAUUUGGACCUAGGUCUGCUAUUAUUUCCUUCUUUACCCAAGUUUCACACACCUCUCGAGGGGAAAUUAUAUUCUCUCUUGGUCUGACUCCCAUACUUUCAGUUAUUUAUUAAUCCCCCUCACACACACUCUGUCAUUGAUAAACUACCCUCUCCCUACCCCCCAGGCAACUGCGCCAGCGUCUGUCCACCCGAUGGGCAUCACUCAGGGGUCGAAGUUCAUCCGAGUGUGUACGCAUCUACCUGACUGUGGCCAGGAAGUGGCCCUUCUUCGGGGCCAAGCUGUUUGAAGCGGAGGUGCGUGUGUUUAUUUACUGGACAAAGACCAAAAAUACUUCCGCAUACACAGUUACCUAUUGAACAUUUACCUAUUUGUUGACAUUUCGUACUACAUCAUCAUUGACCACACUGAGCAUUGGGUUUUUCUAUUCCCUGCACCACACAGACACACAAUGUGGUGGUGCGCACGUUAAUAUUGCCUCUUAUAGAUACAAAGAACACGACAGAAAUGUCUGUGUGUUGUGUGUGUGUGUGUGUGCUGGCAGAAAAUGAAAUCCAUACAUAACCCAGUUAGACAAUAUACUUCAGGUACACACUUAGCCUUACAAGGUACAAGUUAGCCUUUAUGAAGCCAUGAUUAGUCAGCAGUGUGUUUUAUCUUCCAAUGUCAUAGAUAUGUAUUCCUUGCAUUGAAUGAAGAUGUUAACCACCUGUCACUCUUUCUCUGUGCUCUCCCCUGAUUUGUCUCUCUGUCCCUGUGAUCAUUCAGUCCAUCACGCCCUCUCCAGAGCAGGGUGCCCGCCUGUGGCUGGCAGUGCACGAGGAUGGCAUCAGCGUGCUGGAGCACAACUCCAUUGUAAGCAUUUCUAUUUCUAUCUUUUCCAGCAAAGUAUAUAUUCAUCUUUGGGUUUAUGCAUGGUUUCCUGUGGUUUCCUGCUCUCUACUCACUACACCCAUCACUCUCCAUGUUCCCCUUUACUGUGUAGAAACUGCUGGUGUCCCACCCUUAUAAGAGCCUGGUGACGUUUGGAGGCUGCAGGCAGGACUUUAUGCUGGUGGUAGGCCAGAGCAUUGGCAGUAAUGCUACCAAAGACAAGCCCACAGAGAAACACCUGUUCACUAUGGCCACCUCCAAGGUUAGUGUGUGGGACACACAAGACAUAGACAAGCACACUCUCCCUAUCUCUCACUUUCUCACUCACUCACUCCCUUGUGCGCUUUCACUCUCCUACUCUCUCUCUCAACAGCCAUUUCCGAUUUCAGAGGCUCAGGUUAACUAUGUGUAGGUAGAUUUGCACUUUAUGUAAAGAGGUGAAGAGGUCCUGUUUUGUUUUGCAGAUCAGGGAGAUUACCCUUCUCAUCUCCAGCUACAUCAACAGUGCCCAUCAACAGAAAGCCGCCACCCACCACCUCUCUGCCCCUGCCUUACUGGUGGCUCAGCCUGUCAAUCUCAAGAGCAAAGAGCUACGGAGUAAAUCACCACCAGCAGCGGGCAGACCUAGCAAGGCACCUACUCUCCUGUGAUCGCCCUUCUACAAGCUGAAAGUACAGCUACAUACAUUUACUGUAUAUCAGGCCAGGGGAUCAGCAGAGUACAUGGAAUCAGGGUUGUGUUAAGUAGGUACGAAAUGGAGUGAAACAGGGAGGUA